UCGCCAACAAUCGCCUUGCUUCUUUUCUCAUGCAAUCGAUGGUGUAAAUAUUACGGAAUGAUUUCAAUGUAUAAACGACGAUUUUUUACAAUUUAAUCACAAGAAUGUGGAAAGGAAACAUGAUAAUUGUGCUAUGCCUAAUUUUGGUGCUGGCGUCCUCGAAUGGCUUUUUCGCAGCUGCAGAAAAGGAUGACAAGACCAAGCUAAGUGUUCCUUACGCACAAGCAGAUGAUAUAAUACUGGUAUCGACGCUAAAUGGUGGACUAUAUGCAGUUAAAGCAUCAGUUGGACAAAAUUCCUGGUCAAUUCAAGAUGGUAAGAAAACAGACUCCUGGAUGGGGAUAGACUUGGUUGAGGGCGUGAAGCAGUCUGUGAUGAGUACAGAGGUGGAGGAGAUUUCUUGUCCGUCCUCGAAUGCAAACACUCUAUAUAUUGGCAGGACCGAGUUCAUCGUCACUGUCUUUGAUAGCGAGACCAAAGAAAAACUGUGGAACGUAACUUAUUUAGAUUAUUCAGCACAUGUGGCCACAGACAACACAGACUAUGGUCUAACAUAUUUCACAUCAGUCACCGAGGGCUCACUAGUUGUUCUAGACAAUCACAAUGGUGCGCUGUUGUGGGAAGGUAUCUAUGACUCACCUGUCGUUGGCCUGUAUACCCCAAGACACGACGGCUUGACCAAAGUCCCAUUUACACCAGUUGCCCCAAGUACCUUAGCUCACCUCCAAGGUGGAAGUAGGGAAUUCCCCUUAUGGCGGGAGAGACUUCUAGAGUUUAGCAGAACACAAAAUGAACAAGAUCAUCUGUUGCCUACUUUGUUUAUUGGAGAGCAUAGCUAUGGUGUGUACGCCUUGCCAGCAAUGGUAGCCAAAGGAAGUGUUCCAGUCAUGAUGACAAGUCUACCACAGUUAGAAGGCCCCGGUGUCCAUGACACAAUUGCUAGUGUAUUGACAGUGGAUGUAGACUUACCCAACCCACUAGAUCUGAAGCUUGAACCAGUUAAGACAUUAUUACUUGGAUACCAUGAAGUGCCAAAAGAUUCUGGAAUAACAAUAAGUCAAGAUCAGAAACCCAAGCCUGAUGUGAUCGUCUCCACUACUACUGUAAUGCCAGAGCAGGUGCAGCACCCACAGGCAGUGGCCAACAAUAAUCUACCACACAAGAAGCCUAGCAAUGUGGACAUUCCCAAUCAAUCAGCUAAGCCUGGAUUUGAAGAUGUCUACCAGUCCAGUAGUUAUAGACAACCCCAUAAAGCACCUGGCAGUGAAUCAUACCAGUUUGGGCUGAGUGACUCUGCCUUCAUGGGCGGCAUUGUGACCUUAGUAAUCGGCCUUGCCUUGAUUGUAUAUUGUUUACCAAGGCCACUCAUCAUUGUGUCUCAGCAACCACGUUCAGCCCAGACUUCCACAGGGUCAUUGCAGGGUUCAGCAGAGGACAAAGAUGCCAUACCAAAAGGCUUUGUUAAAGUGGGAAAGAUUUUGUUCAAUCCUAAAGACGUUCUAGGACAAGGUUGUGAAGGAACUUUUGUCUUCAGGGGUCGAUUUGAUAACCGUGAUGUCGCAGUGAAGAGGAUCUUACCAGAAUGUUUCAGUUUUGCAGAUAGAGAAGUAGAUUUACUACGAGAAUCAGAUGAGCACCCAGGGGUCAUCAGAUACUUCUGUAUGGAGGAAGAUCUUCAGUUUCGUUACAUUGCCCUUGAGCUGUGUGCAGCCACAGUUCAAGACUAUGUCAAAGACCAGAGCAAGUAUGAGAUGCUAAGCCCUACAGAAUUGCUCCAGCAAGCCACAUCUGGCCUAGCUCAUCUCCACUCUUUAAAUAUAGUGCAUCGUGAUGUGAAGCCACACAAUGUCCUAAUUUCCAUGCCAGAUAAAUUUGGAAAGAUCAAAGCAAUGAUUUCAGACUUUGGUCUCUGUAAGAAGCUAGCCGCCGGUCGCCAUUCCUUCUCAAGGAGGUCAGGAGUUGCUGGGACAGAAGGUUGGAUAGCACCAGAGAUGUUAACUGGAACCGAUAGAACUACAACUAGAGUAGAUAUAUUCUCCCUAGGCUGUGUCUUCUAUUAUGUCCUCUCCAAAGGAAAGCAUCUGUUUGGAGAGUCUAUACAUCGCCAAGCUAACAUUCUGUCUGGCACUUACAAUCUAGAUCAUCUAAAUGCAGAUGACUAUGUUUCUAAGGAGCUCAUUAGUAAGAUGGUGUAUCCAGAGUGCAGUAAAAGGCCACAAGCAAAUGCCAUUCUUCAACACCCAUUCUUUUGGAGUGAAGAUAAACAAUUAAGAUUCUUCCAGGAUGUUAGUGAUAGAAUAGAAAAGGAAUCUGUUGACUGCCCGUUAUUAGUCUGUCUCGAAUCAAAUACAUCAGUAGUUUUAAAAGGUGACUGGAGGCAGAAUAUAACAGUUGAAUUACAAACAGACCUUCGCAAGUUCAGGUCAUAUAAAGGGACGUCCAUCCGGGAUUUACUACGUGCAAUGCGAAAUAAGAAACAUCAUUACAGGGAACUACCUGAAGAGGUAAAAGAGACAUUGGGUACCAUACCAGACCAAUUUGUGCAGUAUUUUACGUCACGAUUCCCACGACUACUCCUGCACGUGUACCGUGUAAUGGAGAUAUGCCGCUUUGAGAGCAUCUUCCAGAAAUACUACUUCCUAGGAGGUCAAAUAAAUGGGCCGUGCAGCUGAUCGGGCCACGUUGUUCUUAUAGGGACCGCACUAUGCAGAUGAGAGGCACGCUGUGCGAUGGCAUCCGUGCUAUUUAGACAAUGACUAAAAUGUGUGUGAGAGGACCAUGCCAUUCGGAUGAGAACCACACUGUGCGAUGGCAUCAUCCAUUCUAUUUAGACCAAAUUGUCCAUGUUGGGGCCACGACAGUGCAAUGUCGAUGAGGACCAGACUAUACUUAAAUACAAGUUUCCUUUUAGGUACGUAGGUUGUACUGCCCUCUAGGGUUAACAGUAAUGAAGCAUCAUACAUGCUAUUUAGACAGUGACCAAACUGUGCAUGAGAGGGUGAUGGCAAUGCAAUAUCGAUGAGGACCAGACUGUGCUUAAAAACAAGUGAACUUAGCUGAGUAUGGAUAUACUGCCCUCUGGUGUUAAAAGUAAUGAAGGAGCUCUACUAUGAUUAAUAGAUUUUGAGAUGUCUAUAGUAUUAACAAGCUAUUGUAAUGAUACUCCUGAGCAUCUAUAUAAUGUAUUCUAUACCUCAUACAUAGAUUCUAAUCUGGCAAUAAAAAGUACUAUUCCCCUGAAAAAUAGUACUUUUUAGACCGAUCGCGAUGUGCAAAAUCUAGGCAAACUUAACAUCGCGCUGCUGACGGUAAAGGGGACUGCGACCUCUACGACGAGAUUGGCUCUUGACCGCAUCACAGAUCAGCGAGUAAAUGAUAAACAAAUAUGGAGGCUGGUCGGUUCGAGAUGAAGGACCAGCCUAGGCCUUUGCCAUUACUGCUUGAAGCCGAUAGCAAAAGCACCAAAAGAAAAAUUAAAUUAAAUAUGUCUUGUCAAAAUUCAACAAAUAUUGCAAGACGAUGGGUGCUGUUGAAAUUGAGGAAAUAAGCAAAGAACAGCUAGACACACUCUUUGAUCGACUAGCUAGAAGUAGUAGAGUAGGCCUAGGCCUAGCUAGGCCUCUAAUACUAGGCUAGGAAGUAAGUACUUUUUUAGGCCUCGUAGAAUCUAUGUAUGAUGUAUGUAAAACAAAUUUUGACUGCUCUAGAUUCGGGGAACGGUGAUAGAUUAGAUUUCACCAUUUCCCGAAUCUAGAGCAGUCAAUAUUUGUAUAUAUAUUGACCCCUUAUCUAGAGCUUGUUUUAGUGCACCAUUUUGGGAUUUUAAAUGUAGAUUAAAAUAAGUAAACAAUGCAUAAGCAAAAAUAAAUAUUGUGACAAAAUCAUAGUUUACAUUGAUGAUUACAGCUGCAUUGUAUUUUGCUGUAUCAUGGCAAGUGAUCAACAAACUAUGCACAUUGAUGGGGGUCAUUGUUGUUUUACAAAAUAAAUGUUCCAAAUUAUCAUAGAGUCUAUAUGUCUAUGUCUACAUACCAAAACCAGCGUACUCUCACUAAUUGUUAAACCGAGUAAUUAGCAUAAUAACAGAGAAGCUGUAAUAUUUUUACUAAUAACUAAUAAUAAGUCAAUACUAGUAUUUAAUUGACCCAUCAUUUAUAAUGUGGAGAAUAAGAAUUAUUAAAAAGUCAAUUUUCAAUUAAAUUUUCGGGCACUGAUGCUGGCUUUGGGAGGGUAAGCCAUAUAUUAAGAGACAGAAUUGGCUCCACCAAAAUAUUUUGGUAGACUACUAGUGGGUCAUACUAUAAGUAAUCUAUGUUUUGCUGAGUAUAAUGCUGAUUGUCUUCUCUAUUAUUUAAUCUUCUAAAAUUGAACUUUACUAUUUAAAUACUAUGAUAUAUUUUUGACUAAUUGUUUGAUUUUUAUAGCCAUUUUCAAUUGUAUAUAAGUAUGUUAAGCAAUUUUUAAACAUGUUUCUGCAUGUCAGGCUAAAAUAUAGUCUGAUGAUUUGAUUAUUAAUUGGUGAAUUUUGAAAUACUGCGUGAAAAAUUUGGAUGUGCAAUGAGCAAUUGAAAAGUGAAUGAGCAAUCAAUUUCACAUUCACUCGAUAGAAAUCAUUUUACUUCUCAUUUCCUUGUUCUGCUUUUUCAAACUGAUGACGACUUUCCAAAAUGAUCCCUUACCAGUGAAAGGGAUUACUAAAAAAAUCUGAAACAUAGAGUUCAUCAUUAUUUGGGGGAUCUUCUCAGAUUUCUACAACAUUGACGAUUUAAAUGAAGUUCCAUACUCUGUAGUGUAAUAUUUCAGUGAGCUGUAAUAUCAUAUAAUACACGGCGUAGUGAAUAUUUUGAUCUCAAAAUCUGUCCAUUCAAGUACUUAAAUUAUGUGCUUAAUUAAAUUCCAGUAUAAAUGUAAGACCGGUGGCAAUUUACAUUAUCAUUUACUUUAUGUUACCUAGUCACAUAGAUUUUAAUGCUAUGAUUUGGGAGUGGUUGCUCUUCCCAAUAUCAUGGGUAGGGGGCCAGGGAACCCAGAACAUAUCUGCCUGUUUUUAAUACUAAAACUAAACUAAACUAAAUUCAUGAGUUUCAUUUUAAAUGUUUGGCAACGAAGUUUUGUUUACAAAAUAUAUUAUUUUCUGUGCAAUAGAUGUGUCACAGUAGUGUUCCUAUAUGAAUAAGUACUUACUAAAGCUAGACAACAUUUUAUGAGAGUCUACACAAUUUUUGUUUCAGUUAUUAAAUUGGUUUUGAUAAACUGAUUACAAACUGUCUACUCGGUAGGUGCUGACUCUAAUUAAAGUUUAUUGUAAAUUUGAUAACACAGAAGCAUGUGAAAGAGUAUUUUUAUAUAUCUAUUAUAUUUUUAGUAAAGGCAGUAUCAGAUAUUUGUAUUGUACAAAUUAAAUAUUUGUAUUGUCAUUCUCAACAUGUAAUGUUUGGACUAUAGUAGGCACAUGCUGGGUCUGACCGUUUUCCGGCAAAUCCAUCCCUGCGCUCUGUGAGUUGAAACUAUCCUUUACACGUACCAUGUGUUGUGGUACCCAAUGAAGUAGCACAGACGAACCUUUGCCCAUGCAAUGUCCUACUGGCAUUUUUAGUGUGCAAGUAUAGUGCAGAGUCGCAUUGAUGUUCGGCACAAUUUAUGCCCUUAUUUGGGCAUCAAAUCAAACGUUGAGAUUUGCAGGCAGAAAUCAAAUGUGUAUAAAGCUCUGUCCACACUAUCCAAUUUUCUGUUGUAUGCCCAUAUAUGGUAAUGAUGUGCCUAUAUUUGGUCAUGGUGUGAUGCAGUCUAGUUCUAACAGGAGAGCAACUUAAAUAUUGUCUCAAUGUGUUUGCUACAUGCAUAUGGAUGUAUGUAAUGUCAGUGGCGUAUCCAUGGGGUGUGCAUGCCCCUCCAAAAAUGACUCGCCUCGCACCCCCUUCCCAAAAAAAAAUCACAUUAUUUUGAGAGUUUAGCAAAACUGAUCACUAAGCCCCCCACUUUAAGACUUCUAGAUACGCCACUGAUGUAUAUAUGUAUUAUAUAAGAUAGUAUUUAAUGACCAAUCUUUAGCUUAGACAAAUCUCAUUUCAAAAGCCUACUCUGUAAGCACUCACCAUGAACAUUCCAUAUUUGUGGAAUAUAAUUUCAUAAUCAUGUUGUUGAAAUCUGCCUUUUUAUAUCCACAAUUAAGCUAUGUUUAUUGAGGUUUUUUUUUUAAUUCCUGCAUUAUAAUUAUAAUGAAAUUAAUUUAUUUAAAUAUUUUGAAACUUUCUCAUGUAUAUCACAAAUUUGUCUACAAGGAAAUGCUGGUGUGAGGUCUGGUACAACUAUUUGAUAUAUUUAAUGUAUAUAUUCCAUUAUACCUGAAGCAUCUUGCCGAGGUUUUCUAUGGACUAAAUAAAUGAUCCAAAUAUAGAA